CUGUCUUUGAACCCGCGAGUUAACUAUCACUAACGGUUUUCCUCUGGACAUGACAUUUUACGGAAAUUUCCUUGACUUCGGUCGAAGGAUGUAAAGAGCUGAGUAGGGAAGUCAUUAUAGUCUUCAGAAAUGACGGAAAGAAAGUUUACCACGCUCAGAAAGCGUUUAGAUCAGCUUGGCUACAGGCAAGCUUUGGGGAUUGAAUCUGUUCCUUUAGUGGAGAAGUUGUUUAGCGAUCUUGUUCAUACGACAGAGAGCCUAAAAAAUGUUAAACUUCAACUGGGAAAGCAAGAGAAGGAAAGGACAGUUUACGAAGAUAAUGUGGAGCCAUAUAGAAGUGAUAAUGCAAAACUGGUCAAAGAAAACAAUGAGCUUCACCUGCAGCUCAUAAAAUUACGAGAAGAAACUGAUCAGGUUAUCAGAGAUCUGAAAACCAGCGUCCGAAAGUUAGAACAUGAAAAUGCGGACCUGAAAUUUUUAAAUACACAAUAUGUGCAUAAAGUUAAGGCUUUGGAAAAGGAAAACAAGUCGAAAACUGAAAGGAUACAGGACUUACAGGAGAAAAAUUUGCAUGCAGUUGUCGAAACUCCAGGUGGACGAAGGAAACAAAUACCACUUCGUCGACAACGUAUGGAUAUUGAAAGCAUGGUUUCUCCUGCUCGUGAUCUGAACGACAAGGCAGAUGAUGUACACGAUCCCUAUGUAGCAGACUUGUUAAACGUGGCUGAUACAAGAAUAGAGGAUCUGCAAGUUCAAGUGUCGCAACUUCAGGACGAGAAAUCGAGCACUGAGAGACGGAACAAGAGUCUUCGAAAACAGGUCGAGUCUCGUGAUAAAGAAAUUGAGAGGUUGAACCAGCUGCUGGAUGGUGGGCGUCCUGUGGAUGCAGUCCUUAGAGAGAGUAAAAAAGACAGCAGUGAAAGAGUUGUGGCUCAUCUUAAUGUUCAGGUGGAUUAUCUGCAGCAGGCCAAUCAUGACUUAGAAAAGCAAUUAAAAGAUACAGUCGACCAGAAAGUUGAGGCAACCAGGCGAGCUAAUGAGCUUGAAGCAACAAAUGCUGAUCUUCUUCUGGAGCUUAAAGAUCUCAACAGACUUUCCAGACAAGUUGAGCACGAUAAAGAGAGAGAUGUCAUUGCUAUACAAUCAGAGUUGUCAGAUACAAAGGCUGUUCUUAACAAUCUUCAACAUCAAGAAGGGACCCAUAGAACAGAGAUGCAGGAGCUCAGAAAGGAACGUCAACGCCUGAUGGAAGAAAAUGAGCGCCUGGCUGUGCUUAUGGAAAAUGCUGAACAAGAUGUGCAUCAUGUCACAGACUUACUGGAUAAAUCUGACAAGGAGAGGAAACGUCUGUCGGAGAGAAAUGCCCAGCUCACCAUUAAUGAGAGGGAGCUUGUCAUGGAUCUAGAGAGACUUAAGUUGACCAAGUCUGUGAAGCCUAAGAAAAGUCGAGACAAGUCUCCCUCCAAGAUAGAAUCGCUAAUGAAAACGUUAGAGAAGGAGAGAGAUUACUACAAAGGAGAAUGUGAAACACUUCAAGGAAUGAUGAGGAAACGACUCUCUGCUUCGCCUCCUUCAAACCGCAAAGGAAGCAAGAGUAAAGGAAAGACGAUUGGACAUCUAGAGAGCAUGACACAACUUUUGCAGGAGGAGAGAGACUUUUACAAACGAGAAUGUGAACUUCUUAGAAAUAUGAAGGAGAAGAGCGUAUUAAUGUCACCUCCGACAAGAGAAAGGGUAUCACGAGACAGCCCCAGCGAAGUGAACCGUUUGAGGAGAGAGAGGGAUGAACUCCAAUCAUUAGUAGAAAAAUUCGAAAAACAUCUUACAGAGAUUCAAGAGAAUGUGAAGACACUGACGCAAGAUAGGGACAAUAUUCAACUACUUUACGAGCAGGCCACGGACGAAAUUCAAAGACUGCGCCGUCAGGUGUCUCAAGCCCGGUCUCCUUCACCCUCUCGAGCAGCCUCCGCUGUUUUGUUACGAGUGGAGUCUGAGAGAGACGCGGCACUAGCUGAUCUUCGACGCACCAAUACUCAACUUGACAAUCUAGAGGACAAGCUUAAGGCCUCUCAGGAAAGCAGUCUACAAGAAAGACGACGAUAUGAAGAUAAAAUAGAGCGACUGGAAUCCAUGUUGGAAAAGGUAGAGGCAGAUAGGAAUGAGAUGCACGCUCGAGUGACGUCACUAAGAAACAUGGUGGCCAACCUCGAGGACCAAUUGAAACAGACCUCGGCCCAGCUCUCCAUGGCAAAGGACUCGGCCCUAGAACUUGAAUCCGAGGUCAACAAGGUACAGCUAACCGCUGAUCAAGCUAAUCGCACAGCAGAAGACAGGGAAAGGAGGCUGAACAGGAAGGCAGGGGAGCUACAAGCAUCUCAAGAGAAAUGUGCUCAGUUGGAGCGUAGAUUAGAGGAAAUUGAGAAGAGAAAUGAAGAGCAGAGUUUUGAAACUGCCGAGAUAAAAGCCAGUCUGAAAUCAUUGGAUCGUGAGAGAGAUGACCUACAACAGCAAGUGGACGAGAAAACGGAAGAGAUCAUUCAAAUGGAGGCCAAGAAAAUACAACUGGAGAAAGCUGAGAGCGAAUUAAAGAUGAACAUGGAAGAUGUCGAGGCCCAGUUGAGUCACGCUUUAGAACAGAGCGGCCUCAAAGAUAGAGAAAUAAAGAGUCUACGGCGGCAGUUAGAUUCCAGAGACGAUGAACUGGCUGAAAUGACAAGAGGGAGAGAAGUGGCUUUGAAAGAGAACAGGCGACUGCAGGCAGAUCUUAACACGAUGACUGAGGAACAUCAGUCUCUUCAUCAGCAACUUCAAGACGCUUUGGAAGAACAAGAGAGUUUGAAGGUACAAAUAGCUGAGUACGCCAGACAAGUGGCUCGAGUGGAAGAACUUCUGGCUCAAAAGGAACAAGAAAAAGAGGAGCUUCUAGGGCAGUACCGAGUUCUGUCUGGUGAAACGGAGAGACUUGUCUCGGAGUCUAAGGCUUCUGCCGGACAAGUAAAUAACUAUCACAUGGAACUAAUACAGAAAGAACGCUCAGAGAUGGAACUCAGCGAUAAAAUACGAAGGCUUGAAAGUGAAAUACAACAGUAUGGAGCUUCCCAUCAAGCCUAUGAGAUUGAAGUGUCCAGUCUCACCCGGUCACUGGCGCAGAUGGAGGAGCAGGUCAGACUGGCUAACGAAGAUAGGGAGAGUAUGAUGCAAGAUCUUUCAGCAGUCAGGGAACUUUGCAUGAAACUGGACCAGACACGCGAAUCUCUUUCCAGGCAACUGGCUGCAAAAUCUUUAGAUCAUGAUCAGUAUUUCAUGAUGAAUCUUUUGUUCUCUGUUUAGGUGUUUUCAGAGAAAGAGGCUGUUAGAAGUUUAGAAGGAGUGUUAGCAAAGCAAAGAGAAAAGGAGUUUGUGGGAAAGAAGUCUUUAGAAACAACUUUGGAAGAAGUGGAUAGAUUGAAGGACAAACUAGCAAAAACAGACGAAGAUAGAUCAUAUCAACGUCAAGAGGUCAACACUUUACGUAAAGCUUCUGAGAGACUUGAAGACGAAGUGGCCAAGUUGAAAAAGAAACUAGCCAACGAGAAAUUUGAAAGGGAAAGGUUACUACAAGAAACGAGCCGAAAAGAACGAGAUAUUACCGGGUCAGCGUCCAGAGAGUCACUGACAGGCCUUUACUCUCGCAACACGGAGCAAAGGUUGCAUACAUCGUUCAGCAGUGGAGAAUUUGCGAGACUAAAGCCCAAGGACAUGUCUUCACCGCUAGCCUCUGAUCACAGUGAUACAGGCAGACGGCUGAUAUCACCCAUUCGUAGGCGAAGCGUUGACGAUGACUUCUCAGAUGCAAGCUAGCAUGAGUCAAAUAAAUUUCAGACAGUCCAAGGAGGGAACCAAGCCGUUCAUAAGGCAGAAAAAAUUGGAAGUACACAAAAAUUCCUCAUACAUAUUUCACAUUGGAUCUACUUUUAUAUACUUUUGUAACUAUCCGUCAACUAAUGGAUCAACUUAUUUGUUUGAUGCUUAUAUACUCUUUAAGUAUGUUAUUGAGUUUUAUAGUGUAUAUAAGAUUUUAUCAAUGGUAUAACCAUACGUAUCAGAAAUUCACGUCAAGAGUAUUGAGGACAAUUCCAUUCGAAUAUUAUUUCCAAUGAAAGGCGGCCGACUCAAACGAACUUACCGCAGUCUCGACAGACUUAAAAGAAAACUUUGUGAUCGCUUCUCAUGUUGGUUUAUCGUGUUUUGCUCUGAUCGCAAAAAUUUAGGAUUAUUAUUUGCAAUUUGUUUUUGUAAGUAUAUGGAAAUUUACUAUAGAAAAAUUAGUCCGAAAGUUUAAUUGUUACCUCACUUUCGCAGCCUACCAGUCUCGACAAUAGAGCGUCAGGUCAUGGUUGCGCAUGACCUUUUGAUAUCCGCAGUACAGUGGGCUCUGGAGUCGAGAAUGCACAUGAUUAUCGUCCAAACGGCGCAUGCUCUACCGUCAUUAUUUUUCUCAGUCGUCCCGAAAUUGCGAGCAGCUAACGCGGACCGCGUUGAUAGGCGAGUUAUGAUUGGUUGAGAAAAGGCUUCCCAUCAACACUUUCUCCAUUAGCAUUUUUCUUGCCGGACACGUUUUGAAUGCGAAUGGAGGAGAGACAAUUGAUAAUUCGAAAUAGCUUGUUUGUUUCUCCAACUCGAAGCUCCAACAAGCGGUUCAAAUAUAACUACCAAACAAUGUCCAGCCUUUCUUACCAAAAUGCAAGUCCAUAGUUGUCAAAUGCAUUCGAUUACAACCCACCGUAAGAAAAUUGUGAGACUGAUAUGAUGAAUAUUUGUAAUUGAAUACAGUGUUUUCAAGAGUGCUAGGAAUUAUUUGUACAUUUUAUAACACUAAGAGAAAUAAAGUUAUUUUAAGAACCUUGUCCAGAAAA